AUGGACGUCGCCCUCGAGAUCCUUGAUCCCCUCGUCUUGGACAAGGCCUACGCCUACUUCGUCCCCGCGCCCAAUGCCGUCUCUUCCAAUGCGACCGGCGCCGCCUUCAUCUCCUCGUCAGACUGGAACUCAUCCACGACCGCCUUAUCACCUCUCUCGUACGGCUCCGCAUGGCCGCGCGACAGUAUCCUGCGCCAAUGCAUCUCCCUCCUCAUCAUCACCCAGAUCGGCGCCUCGAUGCUCUACUGGAUCUUCAGCGCCCUCUCCUACUACUUCAUCUUCGACCGUCGCCUCGAGUACCACCCGCGCUUCCUCAAGAACCAGAUCCGCCAGGAAAUCAUCUCCUCCAUGAAGGCUGUCCCCGUCAUUGACGUCCUUACUCUGCCCUUCUUCCUUGCCGAGGUCCGUGGCAAGAGCUUGCUCUAUUUCAGCGUCGACGAGUACGGCAUUUGGUGGAUGGUUGUUUCCGCCCUUCUGUUCAUUGUUUGGAACGACAUUACCAUCUACUGGAUUCACCGCCUCGAGCACCACCCUUCCAUCUACAAGUACAUUCACAAGCCACACCACAAGUGGAUUGUUCCUACACCCUGGGCUGCGCUCGCCUUCCAUCCCGUUGACGGAUUCGUCCAGUCCCUGCCAUACCACGUCUUUGUGUUCUUCUGCCCCGUGCAGAAGUACCUCUACCUAUGCCUGUUCGUCCUCGUCCAGAUCUGGACCAUCCUCAUCCACGACGGCGACAUGAUUUCCGGCCACUGGCUCGAGAAAUACAUCAACAGCCCCGCCCACCACACCCUGCACCACAUGUACUUCACCGUCAACUACGGCCAGUACUUCACCUGGGCCGAUAACUACUUCGACUCCCACCGCGCGCCCCAGCCCGAUCUGGACCCCCUCCACGAAGCCCUCAAGGUCAUGCGCGAAAAGGGGCUGGUGGAUGACAAGGGCAACCCAAUCCCGCAGGAUACCAAGAAGCAUCAGUGA